AUGAAAUUCACCGAUGCACAGAAAUUGUUUUGGGAAGCUUUCGAUCACGAUAGAUGGAUGCUAAUGGAUAAGUCCGAAAAACAGAAAGCCGUGGUCAAACCCUGGAUCGAGAACGAGCGCGAUCCGAGACACACUAUUUUCUAUGAAAUGGAUUUUAAUUUCCCUAAACAGACAAGAGGCGGUUGCUACAGCUACGUUGGGAAAACUGGCGGAGAACAGCCCAUUUCUCUUGGCCCUGGAUGCAAAAACUUAGGCAAGGCCGCACAUGAGCUAAUUCAUGCGCUGGGAUUUAUACACGAGCACCAAAGAUCCGACCGAGAUGAUUAUGUCGAUAUCUUCCUCGAAAAUGUCAGUUCGACUUGUUUAACAUCUGGCAAAGGCUCCUGUGCUGGAAAUUUCAAUAAAGCGCCCGACGGUCUGAUGACUUUUUAUGGUGAAUAUGACUUUAACUCUGUCAUGCACUACGGCGGAUACUCAUUUUCAAAAGCGCCAAUCAAAAGCAACCCAACGAUCGUCAAGAAAAAUACUUUGGAACCUAUCGUAGAACAGCGCGUUCGUCCGUCUGUCAUGGAUAUUUUGAGGAUCUGUGAAAUGUACGGCUGUGGUGAUUACUGCGGAGGAGAUUCAACAAGAAAAAUAUGUGAUAAUGGAAUCGAUAUUUUCUGGGAAAGAACGAGUUCUUGGAAAUGCCGGCAGAGCUCGCAGUGUAUUUUAAUGGAAAAAGUUUGUGACGGGCGAAUGGACUGCGAUGAUGGUUCUGAUGAAGAGAGUUGUCAAGCACAAUGCUGUGACAAUUUCAAAAUUAAGGACUUUGAAUUUUCGAAGAGCACAGCCAGAUCUGAAUACAAUGUGUACGAGUCACAAGAAGGAAUGAUGAUAAGCUGGAACCCAGGUCAAUUUUGGGAGCUACGGCAGCGAGUGAAAGGUGGAACAAAAGUGAUUGGUUUCUCGAAGACAAAAACAACUUGUCCAAGUUCGUCCCAAGUAGACUGGAGCAUUUACAGUUUUAUGAAGUUCUCACCGAUGUCAUUGAUUGAGUGCACAACAAGAAAAAUGAUCAUCGUUCUCAGCUCGGUUCCAUUGAGAAUACGAGACGAAGGAACCAAAAAUGCUCAUUUUUGUUUGGACAAUAUUGUCAGAAAGCCAUUUAAUACCUACAAAUUUGAAGAUGCUAAAUCGGAACUAGAGAAUUUUGAUGAAGUAUGCGAGAUAGACGUCGUUGUUAUUCUUCAGAAGCUGAUUUCGAUGCUGAAAAAGGUUCCAGUCAACCAUGGAGGAUGCAAAGUUUACACAUUCUUAGGCUAUUCACGACCAACAAGUGCUGCGGAUGCACUCUACGAUGAACUAGUAGAGCUGAUGCUAUCAAAAGACUGCAAGUUAAUCCAUUCGAAUACUAAACAAACAGAGAAAUGCAGAAACCGUCGAGCACUCAAUUUCGAUUGGCUUAAUAUCUUUUAUGAUAUGGAAGAAGAAGAGGAGGAAUCAAACAGCUUAUACUUUGACAAUGAAUUCGACGACACUGGAACUGGAAGCUCGUUCAAAGAACUAGCUGCAUUAACGGGAGGAGCCGAACGGUCAUGGCAAGCGAAACCUUGGCUAGAUUUUUGUGAGACAAACAGAGCUUGCGGAAACUUUUCGGAAACAACUGGCAUGUUACAAGAGUUCGAAUCAUUUGAUUGCUCACUUAGUGGCUGCUGUUUCGACAGUGACCACCAGAGAUGCUUUUGCAAAGCUGAUUCUAAAUCAGAAAGUUGCAAAUAUGAAGAGCAAUCGCCUCCGUUCAACAACAAGUACAACAACAAGUACAACAACAAGUACAACAACAAGUACAACAACAAGUACAACAACAACCACAACCAGUACUACGACAACAACAACAAGUACAACAACAAGUACAACAACAAGUACAACAACAAGUACAACAAGUACAACAACAACCACAACCAGUACUACGACAACAACCACAACCAGUACUACGACAACUACGACAAGUACAACAACAAGUACAACAACAACCACAACAACAAGUACAACAACAACCACAACCAGUACUACGACAACUACGACAAGUACAACAACAAGUACAACAAGUACAACAACAACCACAACCAGUACUACGACAACAACAACAAGUACAACAACAAGUACAACAACAAUUACAACAACAAGUACAAGAUCAAGUACAACAACAACCACAACCAGUACUACGACAACAACAACAAGUACAACAACAAGUACAACAACAAGUACAACAAGUACAACAACAAGUACAACAACAAGUACAACAACAACCACAACAACAACCACAACCAGUACUACGACAACUACGACAAGUACAACAACAAGUACAACAACAACCACAACAACCACAACCAGUACUACGAUAACAACAACAAGUACAACAACAAGUACAACAACAAGUACAACAAGUACAACAACAACCACAACCAGUACUACGACAACAACAACAAAUACAACAAAAAGUACAACAAGUACAACAACAACCACAACCAGUACUACGACAACAACAACAAGUACAACAACAAGUACAACAACAAGUACAACAAGUACAACAACAACCACAACCAGUACUACGACAACAACAACAAGUACAACAACAAGUACAACAAGUACAACAACAACCACAACCAGUACUACGACAACAACAACAAGUACAACAACAAGUACAACAACAAGUACAACAACAAGUACAACAAGUACAACAACAACCACAACCAGUACUACGACAACAACCACAACCAGUACUACGACAACUACGACAAGUACAACAACAAGUACAACAACAACCACAACAACAAGUACAACAACAACCACAACCAGUACUACGACAACUACGACAAGUACAACAACAAGUACAACAAGUACAACAACAACCACAACCAGUACUACAACAACAACAACAAGUACAACAACAAGUACAACAACAAUUACAACAACAAGUACAAGAUCAAGUACAACAACAACCACAACCAGUACUACGACAACAACAACAAGUACAACAACAAGUACAACAACAAGUACAACAAGUACAACAACAAGUACAACAACAAGUACAACAACAACCACAACAACAACCACAACCAGUACUACGACAACUACGACAAGUACAACAACAAGUACAACAACAACCACAACAACCACAACCAGUACUACGAUAACAACAACAAGUACAACAACAAGUACAACAACAAGUACAACAAGUACAACAACAACCACAACCAGUACUACGACAACAACAACAAAUACAACAAAAAGUACAACAAGUACAACAACAACCACAACCAGUACUACGACAACAACAACAAGUACAACAACAAGUACAACAACAAGUACAACAAGUACAACAACAACCACAACCAGUACUACGACAACAACAACAAGUACAACAACAAGUACAACAAGUACAACAACAACCACAACCAGUACUACGACAACAACAACAAGUACAACAACAAGUACAACAACAAGUACAACAAGUACAACAACAACCAAAACCAGUACUACGACAACAACAACAACUACGACGACUACGACCACCACCACUACGACGACUACGUCAACUACGUCUACGACGACUACUACAACGACCGCUUCUACGACAACUACAACAAUACCGACGACAAAAUUCACGACUAUGACUACAACUAUGAAUACGACAACAACAAAUCUAGUAAGUUUUCUACUACUCAUGAAUCAAUUAUCUCAGCUGUGCCUACCACGUCUCCACUAAAUGUUGCGGACAGACUGCUCCCUAACAUCGGUGAGUCCCCAUCGAAUUUGACAGAGCAGAACGAAUCGUUGAAUGCUGUGUCUGAGAGAGUAAUCCUUGAACCGCAAUUUAACCACGGGAAAGUAUUGUCUCAGGCCCGUUCUCAAAAUAAACGUGUGGAAGCGAGUAGAAUUGGCAGCAUCGAAGUAACGCUCGCCGCCUGGUGUGUCACAUGCGAUAAUGCGCGCGACAUUUCUGAGUGCACUGAAAAGUCCAUUGUUCACCAGAUUCCAUUUGCUUCACUGAAUACCGAUCUCAGCUGGUGA